AGUGGGACCCGAUGAGCCAGCAGCAGGGGCCCCUGAUCAGCCCGUGCACGCCGCUCUGGGGACGCUCUGCGGCGGCCACUCUCUCGCUCGGCUCAGCCUCCUCCCUCCAGGCCCCGCCUCCCGCAUGAAGCCCUCCGCAGAAGAGGAGGCAGACAGAAGACAGUUUAAAACUCCGAGCCAGAGACGCUGUUUGUCCAAACUUUGUUAAACUGUCGCCUCAAGUUCGUCCUCAGCUCAGUGUUUUUUUUAUUCACCACUGGAAAAAAAAAAACAAGGGUUUGAAGAGGAGGAGAAGAAGAAGGAGAGUGGGUGAUAUCCGCAUCCAGCAGCAGCGGAGCGACUACAAACUUUCCCCCCAAGUUGACUUCACAGUUUUCGGGAGACUCUUCACUGGCUAGAGCUGGAAGCUGACUUCCUGUACGCCACUCCAUAGAGAGGGAAAUCCUUGUGGAGGAAAGCAGGAGAAAGGCCUGUUCAUCCACCGUCCUCACGCUGGAAGCUGCAGGAUAAUAUCAAUAUGGCUUUAAGAUCACCCGUUCCUGUGUUACUUCUUGCAAUAUGUUGCCUAGCAUCUGCAGGUCCGUUGUUCCGCAGCCCAUGUGAGCUGCUGCCGGUGGGGAUGGCACACCCGGUGCAGGCCAUGCUGAAGAGCUUCACUGCCCUGUCAGGCUGUGCAAGCAGGGGCACUACCAGCCUCCCUCAGGAGGUCCACAUCAUCAACCUGAGAGGACACGCUCCAGAGGGACCAGACAACACCCCGGCAGAAGUUGAGUUGCAUCUGAAGCCCAUCCAGUCUCUGCUGCGCCACCAGAAGCCCCUGGUCUUCGUGCUCAGCUCCCCCCAGCCACUGAUCUGGAAGAUCAAGACAGAGAACCUGGCCCUGGGCAUCAAACGUACCUUUCAUGUAUCGGAGGGCUCAGAGGUCCACUUUCAGCCAGGAAACUUCUCGCUCACCUGCCAGAUCCAGAAGGAGACACUUCCCCAUGGCAAUGAGCACCUCCUCAGCUGGGCCCAGAAGAAGUACAAGGCAGUCACCUCUUUCUCUGAGCUCAGGAUGACUCAAGAUCUCUACAUCAAAGUUGGAGAAGACCCAGUGUUUUCUGACACCUGCAAGAUUGAUACCAAGUUCCUGUCUCUGAACUACCUGGGCGGCUACGUCGAGCCCCAGCCUUCAAAGGGCUGCGUGCUGUCUGGCCUCGACAAAGACCAAGAGGUCCACAUCAUCGAGCUGCAAGCCCCCAACUCCAGCAGUGCUUUCCAGGUGGAUGUCGUUGUGGAUCUCAGGCCUCUGGAGGAAGAUGCCCCCCUGCAUCGCGACGUCGUCUUGCUGCUCAAGUGCACCAAGUCUGUCAACUGGGUCAUCAAAAGCCACCGUGUGAUUGGCAACCUGGAGAUUGUGGCCUCUGACACUGUGGCUGUGAGCUCCACCACAGACAGACUGAUGCAAGUGUCAAAAUCCCCCAAGCAGCACUUGCCAUCAGGAUCACAAGCCUUGAUCAAGUGGGCAGAGGACCAUGGUUACAGUCCAGUCACGUCUUACACCAGCACUCCUGUAGCUAACCACUUCAGCAUCAGACUAAGAGAGCCAGAUGUGGUGGAUCCUCUGGAGAGCAUGUUGCCCCCGGAGCUCUCCAUCCUGCGCGACUCCAGUCCUUAUCCAGGAGCAGGAGUUGCUUCGCGACGCUCAGGCCGGCCCCACCUGCAGCGUCCCUCCAUCCUCGACGACCGGCCCUGGGAGAACAGCGAGCCAGAGGAGCAGCAGGGCGUCCUGAGUGUUGGCCUCAGUGUGCAGUGCGAGGACACAAGGAUGGUGGUCAGCAUUGACAAAGAGACUCUGCAAGCGAACGGAUUUAUUCAUGCCAACCUCACACUGCUAGACCCAAAAUGCAAAGCAACAGUCAAUGCCACCCACUACACGCUGGAAACUCCUCUGACAGGCUGUGAGACCACCGUAUUUGCCAUGCAGGGAAGCCCUAUGGCCCUCCACUUAAACUCUGUCUUGAUAAGUCAUGCUGAGAACAAGGAUGGGAGUGGUCGGCCGCUGGAUUUUGUAGAGAGGACGGUCAGCGAGCCCACAGAGCACCAGUCUGUCAUCGAGUUCAACUGCACAUACAGAAAGAACCAGGGAACCUCUGAAACACUUCCCAGGAUUGUACCGGGACCGUCCAGGCAGCCGGUCAACAACAUGACGUUCACUAUGGAGGUGUACAACACGCCGCCGACUAACAACCCCUCGCGCCAGGCCUUCUUCCCGGUUUCACCGAAUCAACAAGUCUUUGUGGAGGUCACAUCGACCGCAUCGGACUCGGAUCUGGGGUUCACCAUCAUAUCAUGCUCCAUUUCUCCCAACUCCAACCCCAGCGUGGCCUCAGACUACACCCUCAUUGAGACCGUCUGCCCCACAGACGAGUCCGUCCAUUUCUUAACUAAGACGGACUUCCCGAUCCCUCACGCUCGUUUGGAUAAGAAAAGUUUCAGCUUCACCUUCAGCUCAAAGUUGAACAUGUCCCGGCUUUUCCUGCACUGUGAGAUGUCUCUGUGUGCCAAGAGAUCCCAGAGCAGUCAGAGUCUGCCGCCGUGCCUGCAAACUGGUGAGUCCUGUGACUCUCUUAAGGUGGACAGCAUCCUCAAGAUGAUGAUGAACAGUAAGACGACUACCCAGCAGCUGGUUGUGCUGAAUAGCUCUGGUCCGCCAGACUUAACAGUUGAUCUUCCAUCCAAAGUACCCCAGAGCCCACAGGGACCUCCUAAGGAUAACACCAUGUAUGUGCUGGACACUCCAACAGUCGUGGGAAUCGCCUUUGCAGCCUUUGUGAUCGGGGCUUUGUUGACCGGAGCCCUGUGGUUUAUCUACUCCCACACAGGUGAGACAGCUGGCACGCAGCAGGUCCAGAAGUCCCAACUGGCCUCGGAGAACAGCAGCGCGGCUCACAGCAUCGGCAGCACGCAAAGCACGCCCUGCUCCAGCAGCAGCACAGCAUAGCCCAGGACACUUCCCCAGCGGGGGUGCACGGCCCUGCUGUGGCUCCUGGAAGGGCCCCGGAGGUUCACAGGGACCGGUUUGAGGAUUCCCUUCCGUGGAAGGAGUUCUUUUUGGAGGAAGUGGUAGGAAGGAAAAAAUAUAUAUAUAUAAAAUUUAAAAAAAUUUAAAAGAAGAAAACACACAAUAGCACCUGUAGCUGUUGUGUUAGUCCCCUUGUGCCACUUCAAGUGUGUGCAGUCAAAUGGACUGUCCUGGUGUGUAACAGUUCUGAGACUCAGCGGCAUCACCUCAUUUCUAGCAGAAAAAAAAGUCGACAAGAAUCAAAUGUGCGUGUACACCAGACAUUUCUUUCUAAUCCAAAUGCUGCUUUUUUUCUGAGCACAACAGAGCCUUUUGUUUUGACCUUAAAUGGUUCGACUUGGGCUGUUUGUAUCGAGCAGGUGCUCUGCAACAGCAGUGAUGUCAGUAUUAGUGAGUGAGAUGUCGAUGGCUGCACUGUAACAUGUUACUUUAGGACAUGCAGCACUCAACAUGGGAGAGCAGCAAAGCAACCACUAUUCACAUGUGGACAACAGUGCAGUAUUAGCAGGAGUCGUCAUCUGGAGCCAAAGAGAGAUAAUGGCUUUUAAGAGACGCAGGGCAGAGUAGGUAUUGAAUGUAUACACAAGAGUAAAAAGCCAAAAAAAUGUGAAAGAAAAAUGUGAAAGUCUUGCUGUUGAAUGCCACAUUUCAUAAUGAGCUAAUUACACUCAUCCCCCCCCCCUCACAAUGGAUUUAUACACACAGAUUUUCUUUCUGUAAAGUAGUUAUAGUUGUGCAUUUCAUUGGGUGGGGGUCUGAGUCUUAAUUUCAUACACAAGUUGUUACACAACUUCACAGGGGCAUUAUGGGUUCCCUAUUCUUACAGUCGUUUUUAAUGGAAAUGUUCAACAUUUUGGGAAAUAUUUUGUAAAAGUUAGAUGAGAAGAUGGAUGCCUCUUUUGUGUCUGUUCGUUAAAUGGGGAACACAGUGCAGGAGAUGAUUAGCCUCACUUAGCAUGAAGAUUAUAGAGCAAAACCUAUGAGUUCAGAGAUCAGUUCAAUGUUUUUAAGAAUGAUUCACAGAACAGAACUCCCCCUAAGACAUUUUUAAUUUCUGCCUGUGCAGGGAAAGGUGUUUAUUAAUUAGCUUUAGAUAUACUGGCAUGUGCAUCUUUAGCUUCCCUGUGCGUUUUUUAUGCUAAAGUGGCACAUUAAUUCACAUGCUCUAUCUCAUGUGUUGAAUCUGCAAACAAAAAGAAAGUGUUUUUAGGGGGAGAUUCAUACAUUAACUUCUCUUGCUAAAUGCUAAGCUUGGCUAAUCAACUCCCGGCUUCGGCACCAUGCCAAACUCAGAUGUGAGAGUUGCUUUGAGCUUGAAAGCAAAUAAGCAUAUUUCCCAAAACUAUUCAUUUCAUAUGUGUAUAUAUUUUUUUGUAAAUAUUGUAAAUAGCCAUGAAGCAUUGUGUGAAAAGGAUGUUGUUGUACUUGUGGACUGGACAGUGUAAGGUCCAAGUUUUCACCGUGUCAUAUUAUAAAAGUGACCAGUAAAUACCAGUGUUGAAUAACAAAAACGGGCGGGGGAUUUUUUUCGGACAUAAUUUUUUAAUCAUGGCUUAGCUGAUGCAGUUUGGAUCCCACUGUCUGUGCCUAUACACCAGGGCUGCCACUCAAUACUAUUUUCAUAUUGAUCAAUCAAAUCUUUGUUUGGUUUUAAAAAGCUCUACACUUUAGAAGCUAAAAAAAAGAAUAUUUGGCAUUUCCCUUGAUAAAAAACUGAAAUGAUGAUUACAUUUCUACCAAUUGAUUAUUCGGCUCAUUGUAGUCUUAUCGGACAGAGGCCAAGGGAGAGUAUUUUUUAUAUAAGGCCAAAUGUUCAGUGUUUUAUGGUUGUUUUUGUAAAUCUUGGCACUGACAGUGUUGAAUAAGCUCUAGCUCAAGCUCUUUGUUAUGAACAUAAAUUUGCAGGUGUUGGUCAAACUGCAACACCUCGACUACCCCACCGUCUCAGAAUAGCAUGAAUGUUUGCUGCAGUGCCUUCCGUCAUUAACCUGCAUGUAAUUGUAUCAGACUGUGUGUGGGACUAACCUUUAACGAUUUAACCAACAAGAAAAGCAGAAUGUAUGUUAUCUCAAAGCUUUUGAUCUUAUUUUUCUUUUAAUAUGUAAACAUGUAUAAAGCUUUCUACAGAGGGAACAGAGUAUAAAGAUAUAGAUAUAGAUAUAUAUAUUUGUGUAUAAAAUUAUAUUCUGGAAUAUAUAUAUAUAUAUAUAUAUAUAUAUACCAAGAGAAAUUGAUUGUUUUCUAUGUGUGUUAAGUACUGUGAAUUGUGGAUUUGCUCAUACAUAAGUCUUUAUGAUUUACGUAGAUCAUUAAUAAAAGCCCUGUGCCACGUUUAUGACACUUUGACAAAUGAAAUUUUUUAUUUGAAAUUAUCAAGUUUAAAAAAAACAUGAUUCACUGUCUAAUGGAAAAGUCUAAAUCUCAUCACAAUAUGUAAGUCUGAAAAAAUUGACUUUUUUUAACCUUUGAAACUUUAUUCAACAAUGUGUCAUAACACAAGCAAUGGGUUUAUAAUGAAUACUACAUAUAAAUAUGUAAUUUCUUCUGUACAUGGAAAAAACAUUUCCUAUGGUUUGUUCAAACAUUGUGACAGUUUGUGGUCACAUUUUCGCACUUGCCAAUAAUGUUUCAUGACUGAAGCUGUUGCGUAUUGAUUGCUCUUUUGUAUAAAUCAUGUUUUUACUCAAAUAUUUUCUCAUGAAGUAAAUAAAUCGGAUGUUGAAUUUAUCCAUUUGGAUCACAGCAUCUCAGAUAUCAGUUUCAUAUAUUUGGAGAUAAGCUGCAAUAAUGACUAUUCUUAUCAUAACAUUUAGUGAGGUUCCCACUAUAAAACCCACAUCCCCAAAUCGAUCCCCUCUUUUCUUCCUCCCAUUGCCAUAAUCAGGAACACAUACUGUAUCCCCAUUGACAUAAUGAAAAAUAAUUCAAUCAAAGCUGGACCACUAAUGGCAGCAGGGAAAUAAGAGCGAGGAUUGGGUAAUAAAUGUGGCUGUUCUCUGUUUGACUGGAGAAAAUCCAACCUUUUCUUAUUUGGUUUCUGGAAACUCAGCUGUUUUCACUAACACUUGAGAAAUCACUUUCAUUAAGUUCUAUUAGAACCACUUGGUUUCAGGGCAACAUUGAACCUUGUUUGUUGUGUCGGGCCUCGGGCCAGGGGGGUCUCAGUCAGCUCCGUUAUACAGUGACUGUACAGCAGUGACAUGCUGCAGCAUUAUUGUGAACAACAUUGUAUCCCACUGUAAACAGAGCACACUCUCCACGUCGUACAGAGUGGAAAUAUAAUCAGCGGUCAUUGUGGGCUUAGGGCUUUCUGACAUUCCUGUAGUUUUGCGGUUUCUCUUAUCGACUGUGGCGAAUCCAUCCCCCCCAUUUGUUAUUACCCCCCUCACUCCAACCCCCCCCACCCCGUGUGUCACGCCGUUCAGCUGUGAGCCUCCGAGUUAUGCUCUGGAUACAAUUAUCUCAUUUGAGAUAAUUUCUGGAUAUUCCCUCACUCAAACUAAUGAUACGGCGUCAACAUUCCUCCUCCUUCUCUAUUACCCCAGUGCAUGCUGGAAAAACCACUUCCCCCCCAUAGUAGAGAAUGAGGAUGAGUUACAUGCUGUCAAUAUGAAACAAUGAUGCUGUAUCACACUAGAGUCCCGCUCCUGGUCGAUGCCGAUCUGACAACAGCUGUAAUCGGAGCACGAAUCCAUUGAUUUAGUCAUUGAUUGUAUUUGUUAAACCAUUUUACUACCUCAUGUGUUUUUCUAUGAAUUUGUCAUUUGUGUGUGUUUGUAUGUGCGUGAGUGUUUUCUGUGCAUGUGUGUGAACUCGAGAGAAGUUGAAACUCUUAUAGACUAUACUCCAGUUUGAUGAUUUCGGGGCCCCUACAUUGUUUUACUGCAGUCCACAUGUCAUUCUUCUUCUCAAAGUAAACAAUGAAGUGGUCGAUGUUUGAUCACGAUGGUGAUAGGGGGCGUUGGAAAUGUGUAGAACUUUUGUCAGCAGUUACCGUUUCCUUUGGAGUUUGAAAACGUUUUAUACGCUGUAAAUAUGCAUGAUAUUUGUAUACCCAUUAUGUCCAAUAAAUUGUCAUGAUAAUCCA